UGCCAGUGAUGAAAUUUUAUUUGAAGAAUAUGGUUUCAAAGCUCUUUGCCGCACAACAGGUAAAUUAGAAUAAAUAUUGGAUAAAAUACAUGAUAAUUAACAUUGCCAUUUCAAAAAAUGCAUAGAAUGCUUAAUUGUGAUUUAAUUGAUUGUGCUUGUUUCAAAGCUGCUCAGUUGAGUGCGUUCAAAAGCCAUAAUGAGGAAACUGAGAAGCGCCUUGUCUGUGUGGUGGUAGACUCAGGAUAUUCCUUCACUCAUAUUGUUCCAGUUUUCAAUGGAAAAGCUAUGAAGAAGGGUGUAAAACGGUAAGUUGUCAACUAAUUUAAGUCUGUAACCCCUUUGAGUCCCAAGAGUGAUCAACAUGAAUUUUCUCCUAACAGUAUCAAUAUGUAAACAAGAGAAAAGGUUAUAUGAGCAUUAAUAAAGUGAUCACCAAAAGAGCUGUGAGGUGUGGCAAAGAGGGUGGAACUGGCUAGGUCACAUACUUAAGAGAGAGUGUGAACGACUGCUUUAAAGCAUUAUGAUGGACUCCUGAAGGUUGGCGGGGGAGAGGAAGACCAAAAACCUCUUGGAGAAGGACGGUUGAGAAAGAGAGAAACAAAGCAGGGUAGAAGUAGCCAAAGCGGUUGCACAAGACAGACAGCGUUUGUCAGAUAGCGUGUAGGCCUUAUGCACCUACUGGGGCGAUGAGACAUGAUAAUGAUGAAAAGGAAAAAUGCUUUCAUUGAUCUUUUCUCAAUCCUCUUAACAAUUUGUUUAAGGAAAUGUUCAUGGAGAUCAGUCUGAAGAAUUUGUUAUGUCUAAAUGCUGGGGCUUAAAUGAUUAAUAAUCUGGUUAUAUAUUUCCAGGAUAUAAAUAGCACAAGAAUGUUAUUUUGCCCUCCCUUAAAGAUAGUGACUUGUACAUGUAUAUGAAAGGAAUUGAAGACUAAUGUACUAUCAGUCUAUGGCCCAGUUUAUUUCAAGCUAUUAAAUUACAAGUGGCUUUUUUAACCCUUUAUUAUAGUCCCAAUAGUGAUCCACAUCCAAUUUCUCCCAACAAUAACACUGUCUGAUCAAACAGACAGGUCAUGAGAAUGAAUGAAAUGAUCACCAAAGAUGAAAAUAAUGUUGUGAUGUUAGAACAAAUUCUCUCUUGAAAGCAGUACCAUAAAGAAUGUAUGAAGAACAGUGUAGAGAAGAUACAUGUUGAUGUUGGGGCUAGUAGGUCUAUGUUAAAAAUGACUAAACUGCUGUUAUGAUGUGUCUUUUUUUUAUGAUGGCUAUUUUCAUCUUAGUCUCCCUCCCAGCCGUUUUUAGCGACGAUAAAAAUGGCUGUGAGGCAGACUACCUUCAUUUUGCAGCUCCUUCUUGAAGGCUCAUAGGCUGAAAGCUGUUGAUUAUUUAAUCAUCUUUGAUGUGCAAUGUAAAGUUGUUGGUAAUUUAAUGUAUGCCAUUGCCUAUGGAUGUUUUUGCAGAAUUAAUGUUGGUGGUAAAUUGUUGACAAAUCAUCUAAAGGAAAUCAUAUCCUACAGGUAAAUAAAACUGGUAUAUGAAUUAAUACUUGUUGUUUUUAGAUGUGUAUCAUAGAAAUGUAAAAACAAACAAAGCAGUUAAAUGGAUAGCUCACAUGCAUGUACCUGGGAGGUUGGUCAGCCCAGUUUUUUUCCCUCUGGUGAUGAUAAAUUUUCUGAGGUUAAAAGUUGCAUUAUGAAAAAAAAUUACAUCUAAUGAAGUGCCAAUGGAGCCAAAAAAUGUGUUUGUUAUAACAAGGAUAUGUUGUCAGGACCGUAUAUUUUAACACGUUACUAUGACUGAGGCAUAGAAUCAUGGCAAUAGGAGUAGAGAUACCCUUGUACCACCUUACUGGAAUGGAACUCCAGCCCUUUAAAGUUGUAUAUAUGCCACCAGCGCCGUUAUAAACUGUUGUGACCUGAGGUCACUUUCCAUUUCAUUCCUAUGAGGCUGUAGAAAAUUAUUUGCUAAUAAUACUGGGAUUGGUUGUAUUGAGGUACCAAAUAUACAUGUACUACCCUGUAUAAUCACUUUGCUAUGCUAAGCCUGAUCGGAAAUGAAGGAACAGACACCAGAGUCCAUGUUCGAGCUAUUUAUUGCGGGCACAUACAAAAGCACACUGUAAUAUGGGAACCCUAGGAUGCAUGACAAAAUCAUAUAACGUGUAACGCAACAGUAAUGUCACAACUUACCUUAACUUUAGAAAUUGGAUUUCAGUAGUGUUUUUUUUACCUUUUUUUCACUCAGAGUGAAAUAUAGCUUUCUUCUAACUUUUGACUUUGUGAACAAAAUCCCAUAGUUUUAGUAUGACCUUUCAUUAUUGAAACCUCUUUGUCAGUCUGUUCACAUGGUACCAUUUGUGUUUGACAGCAGAUUGCGUAAUGUAAUUCGGAAAUUUUGGUAAAUUUGGUACUUUGCCUUUUUUGCCUUCUUUUGUUACACAACUGUGUAAAGAAAUUAGAAAAACAUGAAUGACUCACCUCACAUACUUGUUUUUUAUUAUUGUAUAUAGCAUGGUUAUCAAGUUAUUUGCAAUGUACUGACUGUUGUGAUAUUCCUGCCUUAAUUGAUUCCGUUUUCUGAAUUUGCAGACAAUUGCAUGUCUUAGAUGAAACAUAUGUGAUGAAUCAGGUGAGAAAUGAUUAACUUCGUAAAAACUAUUGUGAUUUGAGUGAUGUAUAGCCAUCACUUUUGCCUGUGGGAUUUUUUGUCCUUGUAAUCUGACAAAUUCCAAUGAGCAAAUCUGAUGGCUAUAAGAGUUAUGCUGCAAAUUAAUCCAUCCAAAGUCUCUGGCCUUAUAAAACUGUUCACUGUGUUAAACAUAUGGUGAAAAGGAACUCAGACUGUCCAACCUUUUAAGUAAGUAAAAUUGGGAUAUUUUUCAAUCACUGAUGAAUCUCACCAGCACUAAAGGCGCAAACUGCAAAGGGGUUGUGGGGGCAUGCUCCCCCAAAAACGUUUUAAAUCUUAAUGUUCUGAAAUGCCAUUUCUGGUGUUCUGAAAGGAUAAUUUCUGUCUAAAAUCUUUGCCAAUCGAUGUUUACAUGAUUUUGUGUACAAGUACUCAAUCUUAUUUUAUAUUUCGUGUGCAGUUUUUUGAAGUUUUCCAGAUAUCACUUUCAGUUGAGUAUGUGCUCUGUAAGUGUUCUUUUAUAAGUAUCAUAAGAAUUCAUUUGAAAAUAACAGAACCGAUGUUAAAAUCGGGAUUUUUCCUGUCCCGAUCGCAUAUUGGUCAGGUUUCGGGAUUUUCAAGCAAAAUCGUAAGAAUCCCGACGAGAUUGGGAUGGUUGGACAGUCUGGAAACUGCAAUGUAAAUGUAGCUUAAAUAAGAUGCCAUACAGGAACAAUGUACUUAUUUCAUGUCAGCUCACAAACAACAAUCAUUGCUACAUCUUGCCUACUACAGUUGUACUCUAGAUAACCAUGAAUUUUGGUAUGCAUGAUGUUCUUUAUACAUUGGCAUUUUUAACUUUUAGUGGACUUUUAUUUCCAAAGUCAUUUCCUUUAAAUUGAUUUUAGCAUUCAAGUAAAGUUUUUAAAUUUAAUUCAUUCUUGGGACAGGUUAAAGAAGACACUUGUUAUGUAUCUGACAACUUCCUGAGGGACAUGAAUGUUGCUAAGUAUGUAAAAGUUUAUGUGUAACUCCUCUACUAGAAGAAGUUUUUAGUUUCAUCAUUCUUUGUUCUAAUACCAGUGGUUGAUUUUAUUUAAUGUACUCCACUCAAUGUAGGCUCGAUUUCCGCCGUCUCCUGGGUCUGGUUUUUGAUCCUGCCCGAAGAGAGACUCUUUUGGGGGAUGAGUGUGGGCUCAUUUUCCCGUACAGCGGCUGGUAAUCAAGCCUACACUCAAUAACACAAACAAAAAAAAUGAAUGAAACAUACAUGCAUAUAAUAAGUGUGAUGUCCUGCAUUCUUUCAAGUGCAAAAUAUAUUUAUGGCACAUGCUUUCUUUGGCUUAAUUCUGUGUUUAGUUUAAGGAGAAAAUUAAUUGAUUAAGGCAUUUUUUACUUGCCCCCCUGCAGGCUAAGAGGGACAAAAAAUUCAGUAUUGCGGGACUAUGUUUUGCCUGACUACACACACAUAAAGAGAGGCUAUGUUAAGGUCAGUGGGAUUCAUUGUUUUAAGGUUUUGUGUAGUUUUGAUGUGGAUAAUGUAUUAUUUCAGUGCAAAAGACAACAGACAGAAACUUUGAGGAAAAAACAGACUGAUAGUUGAUUUUUGUGAAGGUUAUUUCAGAGAGAUGCAAUUUUAGUCACAGUCUCCACUAAAAUAGAAGGUUCUAAUUAAUUUUAACAAUUUAGGGGCUGGUCAGUCGGAGCAGUUUGUCAAUCAUAGAUGUGAUUUAAAUAUUAAAUGUAAUCUACUAUUCUCUUUAUGGCAAAAAGAACAAGGAAUCUUCAUAACAUUAUAUGUGCUGGCAAGCCUCUAUAAAUUUUAAGCUGAGGUUAUUUAUCUUCUUUAUUUUUUCAGUCUGCAACAGAAAUGUUGCUUGGAUCAAAGAAAGAGAAUGAACAGGUAUUUGUGCAAUAUGGUUAAAUCCUUCGAGUGUUUUGACACUGGGGAGAGACAUGAAAUAUUCCCUCGCCUAACACGUCUUAUGGUCAAGUGCAAAUCUUACGCCAACGGUUCUUUGAAAGCAAUUUUGAUAAAAAAAAACCCGACUGUUUUGCAGUCUGUUAGAUGUUUAACUCUGUGAAUUAGUGAGAAAAAAAAUGAUAAUCAUUUUGUCCUGUUACUUGCAUAGGUAAAAGAAACAGUCAGGCCCCGAACUUAACGAAGUUAUGUUUCCAUAUAUGUAAUACAUUGUAACAUGUUUUUCCCUUUUCUUAAAGAUCUUACGGAUGAACAAUGAAAGAUUUGCUGUUCCUGAGUUGCUUUUUCAUCCAUCGGAUAUAGGUAAGGAGUCAAAAACAAAACUUGCUACAAACACUUACUUAUAGUUAAUCUGUCAACGUUGGGCUUCCAUUGGAUUGAAUGCGCCCCUUCCCUCCAUUUCUGAGUUUGUUGGAGUUUUGUCAAAUGGUAACGGAACUCUUUUGGCUUGUAGGAAUCCAAGAAAUGGGAAUCCCAGAGGCAAUUAACCAUGCCAUAGAACAGUUGCCAAUUGGUAAGUGAUUUUUUUGUAGAGGUUCUUGUGUCUGUACGAUGCAGUUUAGCUCAAAACUGCCUUUACUGGUAUGUUGCUACGGAAUCAUUUAGUACUAAACUGUUUUCAUAACUGAAUGUUGCGCUAUAUCAUAAUUACAAAUUAAGACUUCUAUAAACAUCCUCUGUCUUUAUACUCAAAAUUAAUUUGAAUUGGAACUCUCCAGCAAGUCAGUAUUCCCUUUCUUUUGCUGUAAGUUACCGAUCAAACUUUAUAAACAGCGCUCGCAACGUGCUCUUCAUCAUUGCAGUCCUCAAAAAUAAUGACAGUAACAUUUCGAAUAUAAAUGGCAUCGAAGCGGAAACGUCAAUUUGUCUCUUCAAACAGUCGCUUUUUUGUUUUUAUUUUUUUCUCAAUAUCGGUUUUCAAGGCGCCAAGGUCGCCAGCCUCACGCACACCUUCUCAAGCAAUAUCGAAGGAAAUAGUAGCCAUCAAAAACUGUAAAAAUUUGGGGUGGCAAAAAAGUUAAUGAGCCAUACAUUCUUUUUAACAUUUCACAUGUUUCGGAUUAUUUUUCUUUUAAAAGAAAAUGAUUCGAAAGAGUUCAGUAUAUCGCGCACAAAUUUUGAGAGAUUAGUAGCAUUACUGUAUGCUCAUAGAUGUUUUUUUCCAUAGCUUGAUCAAGGACUAAAAAGCAUAUGCUAAUGAAAGAAGCAAAAAAUCAGUAAUGUAGACGAAAAUCAGUCGAGUCUUUCGGUGAUUCAAUAGUAGGAUCCCUUAAGGAAAAAUGACUCUUUUUUGAGAUACCCGUCCCGGGAGGACAUUUGUAACACCUGUUACUCCAUUUUCUUUCAGAAAUGCAGCCGCAUUGCUACAUGAACAUACUACUAACUGGAGGAAAUUCUUUGUUCCCUGGAAUGAAAGAGAGAGUGUAAUUAACCACCUGUUGUUCUCUCUUUCUAAUAAUAGACCAUCGAGCUUUGAAAGCCAAAAAACAAUCAUUAGUUUUUUAGCCAGCCCACAGCCAACUAGGCUUGUUCUGCAGCCGUUUGAGGAAGUCGUUUUCCAGCAGUUUGUAUCCUCCGCCCAUCAACGGAACGAGGGCGCAGGAAACGAUUGUAAACCGAGCCUAACAGUCAACCAUAUCAGCGCAAUAGACAUUUCCACGUUUUUUUCCUUUUUUUUUUUAACUUUUGACAUGGUCGGGUUGGAGAAAAUCCGUCGACUCCGCUGGAAAGAGCGCCUUUUAAUCAGUAAGGUGAUUUGUCGGUACAAAGGUAUAGCUCCUCUGAGUCACGAAAUUUUACAUAUGUGCAUGUGUACUGGUGGUGGUCGUGGGGAGGGGGGGGGGGGGGGGUUUUGUUUUCUUUUAUUUAUUUCGUUUUUUUUUUUUUUUUUUUUUUUGUCUUUUGCUUGGUUGGGUUUGCAAAUACCCCGCUCCCCCCGCUGAAAAGGCCUCUUUUUAUUUGUGUUGGGUUUUUGUGGGUAAAACGUUAUAGCCCCCAGGAAACAAAAAAAUAAAAGGGGGGGCGGGUGGAGUGGGGGGGGGGGGGGGGGGGGGGGGGGGGGGCGAACAAACUUGCUCACCGCCUUAGAAACGUUUGUAAAUUUUCGUAACUUUGCGGAGCUGCAUCUUCGCUUGUUUAAGACCCAAUAUAAAACCGCCGCCCGGUUAGCUCAGUUGGAUAAGCGCCGGUCUUCUGAGCGGGAGGCCGCUGGUUCAAGUCCCGGCCAGACCAAAACUCAGGGUCUUUAAAUAACUGAGGAGAAAGUGCUGCCUUUGUGAGACAUCUGCAAACGGUUAGACUUUCUAGUCUUCUCGGAUAAGGACGAUAAACCGUAGGCCCCGUCUCACAACUCUUGCAUAUAUAAAUUCUGUUGGACGUUAAAGAACCCAUACACUCUUCGUAAAGGUCCCCGGUGUGGUGGUCUAUCUCUCAUGGGGGAAGGGACUGGUACGGGCCCACAGUAACUGGCGUCAUGCUGUUGCGGUGACCCUGCCAAUAAUUGGCGAAUCUAAUAAAAUAAAUAAAAUAAAAUAAAAGCGCUGUUUCCAGUGGUGUCUACGGAUUUUCCUUAACUUUUGCAUGUCAAAUGUUGAAAAAACCGUGGAAAGGUCUAUUUUAUUUGAUUUCUGCCCUUCUAGUAGUGCGUAAAGUUAGAUUAUUUUCUAGGAAUAAUCAGAACUAGAACCAACUUUAGUAUUGAUUUUAUUGUGAAUCUGAAGCUUGGUAGAGGAAUGUUAGACGUUCAGCAUGUAGACUCGAUUUGAAAGCAAGCUUUAUGUGCUCCUUUUUUUAUAUAUAUGGAAGUCUUAUCUAAGGUAGAGUUGCGUUAUCGUUAUAUUUCACUUUUUAGUAUGCGGUAGUCGUUUUUGUUCAUUAUUUCAUCUCUACUGCAGUCUCGGGCCUCUAUUGUAAGAUCCAUAUUUUACGCUCUUUAACUAGGCAAGAUAGGCAUCAGUCAAUUACUUCGCCCUGUAUAUAUACUAGUUGAGCCUCUUACAGUUGCGUUGUUACAGGUUACUGCCUAGUUUUCUUCAUAUAUUUCCUCACUCUUGUUGUUACGUAUUGAUUCUGAGUCUCUGACGCCUUCAAGGAGGUCGUCAUGUGAUUCCUAGUUCUCUAAUCCUGUUUUUCUUCCCUUUUUAGAUUUUCUGAAGUUCGAUCUCUUGCUCCCUGUGAUGUCGAUGUUGCUGUUCAUUGUCCUUCAAAGUAAGCCAUGAUUUUGUAGUUAUGUUGCUAGUUAGGUUUCCUUCUCCCCCUCCUCCCCCUCCCCCUCCCGCUUCAUUCCUAUUUUUUGCUUUCGUCCCAGCUUUCUUUACAACCUCGCGCGGAAACGCUUGCUACACAAGCUACAUAAGGGCGAUUUUGUACUAGGUUAUUACCAUACUGGUUCCCUGAGUGAGCUCCUGAUUUUUUUUCCAUCAGUAGUUCAAGUAGCUAGUUCUUGUAUUUUUAGAUGUAGAAGCAAUGUGCUCUUAGCACAAAGCCUGAUCGUUUUACCUUUACCAACAUUUUGUAGCGUAAUAUGCCUUGUAAGUUGAGACUGUGUUGCGAUUCGUCGCCAACCAGUGAAUUAAAUUUUUAUAUAGUCCGUUAUAUUAAAUUUCACGUUAUAAUAUAGUAGCGAAUCCAAGAAUAGACUUCAAGAACUUUGUCUAUGAAGAAUUUGCGACUAUUGAUGCUAUGUUGACUCACGCUAGAGAAUUUUCGGAAUAUGCGGCUGUCCCCAGACCCUUAAACCUUCAGCUACACCACACUGUAAUUUGAUGGUGUAAUAUCCGAGCCACUACUAUCAUCUUUACGAGAGAAUCGUGUUUGUUCUAGGCCUAUAACGCAUGCGUGGGAAGGAGGAGUUUCACUGUCCAAGACAGACACGUUUCUUAACAAGAUGUGCGUGACUAAAGCUGAGUACGAUGAACAUGGCAAGAGUAUUUGUAGAGAAAAAUUUGACUCGUAACGUCAUGGAUACACAUCGCUCAGAACUGAUGCUAUAACUAUGCGCCUUGAAGAGUCAAAGCAAAGACGGU